AUGCAUAAUGACAUGAAGGAAAAGAUCAAGGAUAUUGGUAAGUAUGCAAUCGCAGUCCGAUAGAGAAAAUAACGAAUCACAUUAGCAGACGAGUAGUCCUGUGUUUCUAAAAUAUUGAAUAGCAGUCCUCUCUUUGUCUAUCGUACAUUGGUCCGGUUUCACACAAAAUCAAGAGGAUUUUGAAGAAUGAAGCAGGUAUAAAGGAAAAGGACAAAAUGAAUAAAUCUCAGAAACCUGGUGUAUACCAAAUUCCUUGUGAAUGUGGUCUGGUUUACAUUGGUGAAACCGAUCGAAAUCUCUCAUGCAAUACGUCUUAUAGAAGAUAAGAUGAAUUGGGAGAAAGCCGAGCUAGAUAAAUCUGCUGUGGCUAAACAUACUUGGACUUACGACCAUCAUAUAGAAUGGAACGAAGCAACCAUUUUGGUGAUGGAUAGUAAUAAGCUCUCUCGCAAAAUGGGAGAGUCAAUUGAAAUCGAGAAGCACAAUUAAUAUUAUAGAUCAGGAGGGAAAGCCACCACAUACUACGUGGCGAGGUGGCUCAAUACAGUUUUUAAAAAAUGGAAAAUUCACGAUGCCUAUUUUUGGACAAUUAUUACUUGUUGAUAAACAAAAGGUACCUGAUUAUAUAAAACAACAUCUAAAGAGUUUCAAUUUUUGCACAAAAGUUGCGCAACUGCCGUUGCUAUGGCAACAAUGACGUUAAAGCUGGCGGAUAUUGUGGCUUUAAGUUUACAGGACACCCUUUUUGGCGUUUUGCGGAAAAUCGCUACUGCGCACUCAGUAUCAGUCCGAUUUUCAUCAAAUUUUCACCAAAUGUUCUCCAGUGCAGGCAAAAUAUGGUAAAAUUGUAAAAUUAACAAACAAUAAAAUAAUGUAAGAAUUAUUCAGGAAAAUCUUAAAUUGCGGUACCUUUACGCUUUUGAGUUGUGCUCCUGCUGGUUUUAAGUUAUAUUAAUGAAAAUAACAUUUUUACACAGUAAAAUAGUUGUUCUAAAAAAUUGUGUUCGGGAUUUUUUGUUUAUUUCGUCAUUCCGCUGAUAUGGCGAUUUCUUUGACGACUGCAAUAUAUUUCUGAAUUGUUUGAGUGAAUUGCUCUUUAUUUUUAAAAUAUCGAAAAUUAAAAAAAGCCGAACACAAUUUUGAAACUGACGUAUUUAGCUAUGUCCUGUAAAAAUUUUGGAAAAAUUGGUUAAAACCCGCAGGAGCACAACUCGUUUGAAAAUCAGUAAUUACCGUAAAAUUUUUCGGGAGAAAAUUGAAUUUGAAUAUUACAUUUUCAAUGUUUUUCUUACUGCAGCGAAAUGUAUUUUACUAAAUAACUCUGCGAGUUUUCAACAUUUUUCGUUCAAACUUGGUCAGAUAGUAGAAUAAGUCUAAUGCUUUCAUUGCAACCAAUAAAAAAAUUUUAGGCAAAAAUAACACUCAAAGGUGUUCUGUAAACUUAAAGUCAUUUAAUUCGUAAACGACAUCGAUGACACCCAAAUUUUAUUUAAAAAAUGAUUUCUCUUAGUAUACCUACUAGAAAUACAUGCAUUAAAAACACUAUUAGAGAUAGGGUUAACCUAACUAACGCGCCAACCGACUGCGAGAUAUGAAUCUAUAAAUAGGGCAGGACCAGUAUAACAUUAUUGUUAUUUAUAAUAUAACCUAUGUAAACUAUAUUUAGGCACAUACUACGCUCAAACAACCAAAAUUGUCACUGACCAAUUUAAAACGUGGUUGAACAAUACAACUACCAUUGAUGAAGAAAUCAAGGUGUGGGAAAAGUGGAAUAACAUUUGGAGACAGUUUACAUUGGAAAGUUUUCUUAAAAGCAAUAUUGAUGUAAUUAAAGCAAAGGUUCCUGAAGAAAGUCGACGAGAUUUAGAUGUUGACACCCUUGCUAAGCUGUUGCCAUGGUCCAACGAUGCAGUGCGAGGUUAUGCUGUAUUUACCUAUAUUCCAUUCCUUGAUAAUUCUUUUACGAAGUAUCUUCGUGUUCGUCUCGAUCACUGUUUUUCACCUGAUAUGCAUUGCUUGGUGGGUGGUAUGCACAGUUUCGCUGAUAGUUUCUUUUCUGAUGACGUGUUGAAAACAGACGACCUCGUAAAGCACGCGCAAGUCUUCAAGUUGUCUUAUUAUUCCGUACCUUCGCGCCCCAACGAUGACUGGGUCAAGGUAUCUUCCUACGUGAAGAGUGAUCAAUCUAUACCAGACAAUACAUAUACAGCACGG